AUGUCUCAAAUUAGACAUUGUCAAAUAUGCAAUACUGAUCAUAAUUUCAGUAUUAAAGGUCUUUUGUCUUAUCCUAAGCACUUUGAUGACAAAACUAUCCACAAAUACUACUAAAGAUUGAUGAAAAAGUUUGAGGAACACAACAUCUAAUAAAUUCCAUUUUCAAAUGAUCACAUAUGUUAUGAUAUAGAAAAUGACAUUUGUGAACAUUGCUGGUUGUUCAUGCAUCAAGGAUUCUACUGCAAUAAGUGCUAAAUCUAUAAUCAUAAUAAUGAUAAUGAAUGUAAGAUUUGUAUGUUGUGCAAUGUAUAAUAUUGCAUAAAUUGUGAAAAUCCUUUGGAAUUAUUCUCUCAAAAUAAACUUUGUCAAACCUGUGAAUAUAAUAACAAUGAAUAAUUAGGAACACCAACCUUUCUAAUUUCUUUUUUCAUAUCUUUACUUAUUCCAUGCUUUGCAUGUAGUUUCUUUUUUAAAAAAAUGAUGAAGACAGUUGAAAAAUUUCACUAUACUACUUCCUAAAACAUUUUCGCCAUGAUUACCUUUGUAUUAAUAUUCCCAUUUAUUUACUUUCUAUCAAUCAUUGGUUUUGUGGCCUUAUUGAUGUUCAAGGUACUUGGAUGGAUUUUUCAAAUUUUGCAAAGCUUUAAAACUGUUAGAAUGAUCUCUAAUUAUCUACGUGUUUAUAAAUCAAUAUGA